AGCGAGUGAGCGAGCGGCGGGGCGGGGACUGGCGUUGCUGCUGCCUCCGCCGCCGGGGCGCCUUGGCUCCUCUGCUGCUGGAUGGAUGGGUGUGCGAGGGGGACGCGCCUGAGCCUCCUCCCGAAGAUGAGACGCGGCGAGGGGCGAGGAGGGGCCGCCGGCAAGGCGGCGCUGGAGGCGGGCCACGGAGGGGAACAAGCGCCGCCGCCGCGGGUUCCGGAGCAGCAGCAGCAACCGCCGCCGCAGCAGCGUAACGGGGCUUCUCCGCUUCGCCGCCGCCUAGACCCCGCCGGAAUAGGAGGAGGAGGAGGAGGAAGAGCCCCUGACCGGCGCAGCACCGAGUCCGAAGUCUACGACGACGGCACCAACACCUUCUUCUGGGAAGCACAUACUUUAACUGUCCUGUUCAUUCUCACCUGUACCCUGGGAUAUGUGACUUUGCUGGAAGAGACCCCACAGGAUACAGCCUACAACACCAAGCGAGGAAUUGUUGCUAGCAUUUUAGUUUUCUUGUGUUUUGGAGUCACUCAAGCUAAAGAUGGGCCAUUUUCAAGACCUCAUCCAGCCUACUGGAGAUUUUGGUUGUGUGUCAGUGUGGUGUAUGAGCUUUUCCUCAUCUUCAUUCUCUUUCAGAAUGUACAUGAUGGAAGACAGUUUAUGAAGUUCAUUGAUCCUAAUUUAGGAGUUCCUUUGCCAGAAAGAGACUAUGGUGGAAAUUGCCUUAUAUAUGAUCCAGACAAUAGGACAGAUCCCUUUCACAAUAUUUGGGACAAACUGGAUGGAUUUGUUCCUGCUCAUUUCCUUGGUUGGUAUUUGAAGACACUAAUGAUCCGUGAUUGGUGGAUGUGCAUGAUUAUCAGUGUAAUGUUUGAAUGUCUGGAGUACAGUUUAGAGCAUCAGCUUCCAAACUUCAGCGAAUGUUGGUGGGACCAUUGGAUUAUGGAUGUAAUCUUAUGCAAUGGGCUUGGCAUUUACUGUGGAAUGAAGACGUUGGGGUGGCUUUCCUUAAAAACAUAUAAAUGGCAAGGACUUUGGAACAUUCCCACAUACAAAGGCAAAAUGAAGAGAAUUGCUUUCCAGUUCACACCUUACAGCUGGGUUAAGUUUGAAUGGAAGCCAGCAUCCAGCCUUCGCAGAUGGCUAGCAGUGUGUGGUAUUAUUUUUAUAUUUUUAUUGGCAGAGUUGAACACUUUUUACUUGAAGUUUGUCCUGUGGAUGCCUCCAGAACACUACUUGGUUUUGCUGCGACUUGUCUUUUAUGUGAAUGUGGGUGGUGUAGCCAUGAGAGAAAUCUAUGACUUCAUGGAUGAUCCGAAGUUCCACAAGAAACUGGGUCAGCAGGCAUGGCUGGUGGCUGCUAUCACGGCUACAGAGUUCCUUAUUGUAGUGAAAUAUGAUCCCUACACUUUAACAUUGUCACUUCCUUUUUACAUUACUCAGUGUUGGAUCCUUGGAAUCAUUCUUGUACUUACAUGGACAGUGUGGCGCUUCUUCAUUCGUGACAUCAACUUACGAUAUAAAGAGGUAAGAAGGCAAAAGCAAGAACAUAAGUACGAACAAGACAAAGACAAGUGUUUAAUAAAUGGUGAUGGACAUACGAUACUGGCAGAUGAGCACACUGAGAAUAAAGUAGAGGAGAAAAAACUUUGAACCUAGGAGCGAAGAGGGUUAUUUUUCUGGACUUUGCAAGUUUAACCCUCUCUAGUUUUGAAACUUUAAAUGUUCUCUCGUGUGUGAGAAUCCUGUUGAGAAAAGGUGCCACCUGAUCUCUUUUGAGGAAGGUGUUUACAAAU